AUGGGAGCCCAACGAAAGAGCAACCAUCAGACUCAGGAAAACGCCGCGGCGGCGUCCGGUCCGUCUCACAAUGCUGAAGGCGACUCCACAGGCUCAAAAUCAAAGCCGCCUUCUGAAGCUCGCCUUCCAUCGUUCAAGCGCGAGAAGGGCGUUUUGACUCGACAGCUUUGCGACUUGGGCUCAUCACGUCGUCAAGAUCGACAUCUUGCUGACAAGACGGACAUCCUCACAUCAGAAGAGCACAAACUCGGCGACCUCAACGUCGUUGCUGCGUACAAGGCACACUUUCGCGAGUCGCCGUUCGAGUUCCUGCAGCAAUUCGUAGCCUAUGGCCAGGGAACCGGUUGGCGUGGCUACUCCAACUACAUCGGUGCACCCAUCCUGUACACUGGCUGUUCGGAGGAAAGCAUUCGAACCGUCAUCAACAGCGAACAAGUGCAAGAACGCAUUCGCAAGCUCGCUUCCAGUCGUGUCGACCACCUUCUACCCGAGCAACCGCCCCUUCUGCCGACGGGUCCCACAAAGACGCAAAAGAACCUCGCCAUCUUCAAGGAGCGCAAGAAGCGACAGAUCGAAAAACAGCUCAGAGAUGAAGCGCUCGCCAUCUUGCAAGUCAGUGUCGCCCGCGUCGACUCGCUCUCUUUCCUCAAGUUCUUCGCCGCGACGGUCAACAACAUUUUGGCUCGAAUGUACCAUCAGGGUAUUCACAUCAGUGUUCCGCAGGUGCUCGAACUUCGCAGAGUGGCUGCUUACGCCGCUGAGCGCAAGCAGAGCAUCCUCUUCCUGCCCUGCCACAAGUCACACAUCGACUACCUCACCGUCUCGUGGCUCAUGUUCCGCCUCGGUAUUGCGUUGCCCCACAUCAUUGCAGGAGAGAAUCUCGAUCUGCCCGUUCUGGGCGAUGUCCUUCGCAAAGGUGGUGCGUUCUUCAUUCGUCGAACCUUCUCCGGCGACCAACUCUACCCCGCCGUGAUCAAGGAAUACGUCGAGACCCUGUUGGCGAGUGGAAAGAACCUCGAGUGCUUCAUCGAAGGCACGCGCUCCCGAACAGGUAAACUUCUGCCACCCAAGCUUGGUAUUCUCAAGUACGUGGUCGAAGCGCUUCUCAACGGUCGAACAGACGAUGUCUGGAUCUGUCCUGUCAGCUUACAAUACGACUCCGUCAUCGAGUCAGAGACGUACGUUUCGGAGCUUCUUGGCAAGCCAAAAGAAGCUGAAUCGCUGCUUGGCUUGCUGUCGGGGAGCUCGUCACUGCUCCAGCUCAAGAUGGGUCGUAUCGACAUCCGCUUCGACGCGCCAUGGUCGCUGCAAGGCUUCAUCAAGGAACAGAAGGAGCGCAGAGCUGCGCCAGGCUACAAGGAUGAAAAGGUAGAGCUCGAACUAGUCAACAACGACGUUCACAAGGUGCUGCUCCUCAAAGCUCUCGGCUAUCGCGUCCUUGCCGACAUCAACAAGGUCUCCGUCGUCAUGCCAGCAGCCCUUAUUGGUACUGUGAUCCUCGCUCUGCGAGGACGAGGCGUUUCGCGAAGUGAGCUCAUCCGCAGGGUCGAUUGGUUGCGUCUGGCCAUCGUCAACAAAGGCUUUACUGUGGCCGACUUUGGUAUCAUGAACACGGGCGAAGUUGUCGAUCGAGCUCUCAGCACUGUCAUGAAGGGUCUCAUCGCCGAGGAGAAAGACGUCAUGGAACCCACUUUCGUUCCCGUCAAACGCUUCGAGCUCAGCUUCUACCGCAACCAGGUCAUUCACAUCUUUGUUUCCGAGUCGCUCGCUGCAGCAGCUCUCUAUACCAAGGUCAAGCAAGGUGGAACAGCACCGAUGCAGAGAAUGACAAGGAAGGACCUUUUGAGCGAAUGUCUCUUCAUCUCAUCCGUGUUGCGCAACGAGUUCGUCUUUGGUGUCGACUCGCUCGAGAUCAACGUCGAUCGCACUGUCGACGGCAUGGUUGCGGACGGCAUCUUGGAGAAGCACCCCGACAUCGAGCGCGAACAAGGCGGCUCGAUCGAGUUGAGUGCUCGAGAGCGAGAGAACGGUCGAGAAAACUACGAUCCCUUCCUCUUCCUCAUCUGGCCUUUCAUCGAAGGCUACUGGCUCGCAGCUGUCUCGCUUCUUUCGCUCAUCCCGCAAGGCGCCGAGAUGAAGGGCUACCCACAAAACAAGCUUCCCUGGUUUGCGGCCAAGGAUUUCGAGAAGCACACUCAGCUGCUGGGCAAGACCUUGUACGCGCAGGGCGAGCUCUCGUAUCUCGAGUCAAUCAAUGCAGCGACACUAUCGCAGGCCUUCACGCGUAUGGAGGAGAUGGGCAUGAUCUUGCGCAAGAAGUCGUCGCAUCAGAAGCCCGUGCCAAUCAUGGCGCUUCAUCCCAACUUUUGGCUAUCACAGACUUCCAAGCUUACCGACUACAUCGACCACCUCUCACAAUUCCGACGAGAGGGCAAGGACCGCCGAGAGCAGAAUGUGGGUCGCAAGGUGCGCAAGUACACCUCGAUGUACGCUCCAUCUGUCAUCGAAGAGUCUGACGUCAAGCAGCGACAGGCGCAGUUGUAG